AUGACGAUCCCAAACUCAAACGUCACGCUGUCCAUGUUUACGGUCUCAUCUAAGAGCAUCACGGUGCAGUGGAGCAGCUACGCUGACGCCAGCUCCUACAAGAUCACUGCAACACCCAGGAACGCCCCGGGACGACCCGUCUUCGCUCAGUUCAGUGGCAACUCCGUGAUGGGCUCAGUCAUCUCCCUGUCACCGAACACGGUGUACACCAUGCAGCUAGAAGCCAUGGACAAUGCUCUCAAUGUCCUCAGCAGUGCAGAGAUGGAGCAGACAACAGCCCCUGCUGUGUCCAGCAUUGAAAAGGCCUACUCCAAACACAGCGACAGCAUCACCGUGGAGUUCAUGGAGAUCUCCGGGGCAACCAGCUACAUCCUUAGGGCACAGUCGGGUGAUUUCUUCUCUGAGACCACGGUGAGCAGCUCCCCGGGUACCGUGGUGCAGCUGCAGCCCUACACGGACUACAAGCUAAGUGUCAUGUCCGUCAACUCUGGGGGGCGGAGCCAGCCCUCGUACCCCAUCGAGGCCAGAACAGGGGUAAUGGCGCCCAAGUUGAACACCACAUCCCCUGACAACGACACCAUCCUCGUGACUUGGCCCCCGGUGGAGAACGCCGUCCUCUACAUGCUCUGCAUCAUCCGGUCGGGCUCCAGCUCCCGCGUCAAACUGAACACCACCGACACCGCGAUGGCCUUUGACGACCUCGAACCAGGGACCACCUACUGCAUCAAGGGCACCGCCUGGGACCCUGAGGGUCGAGCUGGAGACGACCUCACCGUCUGCCAGAUCACACGUCCUCCAAGCCCGAAUGUGACCUUCGUCCAGGUGACUGUGGGCCGGUCUAUUGGGAUCGCGGUGUACUGGGCGUUAGUACAGGGAGGAGAGUUCUACAUGGCCUGGACCACGAAUGGACAAAACUGUACUUCAACAGUUAAUAGUUACUGUUAUAUUAUACCGGUGGAGUGUGGCCAGAACCACUCCGUCGCCGUCGUAGCCUACAACAGUGCCGGCGCCAGCGACCCCUCGCAACCAGCAGAGUACAUUACAUAUCCGUGUCCUCCGGAGAACAUCUGGGUGGUGGAGCCUGGAGCAGGCAACUGCUCGGUGGUGUGGGAUGAUGUGCCGCUGGUGGAGCACUACGUGGCUUUCAUAAAGAGGGACGACGGGAUGGAGAAGUUAUGCAACACCACUGAAACCACAUGCCCGUUUCCCUGCAUAUGUGGUUACACCUACCUUACCACCGUCUUCCCCUACAACCAGGCCGGCUCCAGCCCUUACUCACAAGUCCGCAACUACACCACCAUUCCUUGUUGCCCGCAGGAUGUUGCCAUUAAGCUAGUUUCUACAGAGACGCUGGAGGUCAUGUGGCCGCCGGUCAGAGGGGCCGAGCUCUACGAGACGACAGCCGCCCAGACCAACGAUGUCAUCCACUGCAACGACACAGCACCAGUGUGCGCGCUGUCAGAUCUGAGGUGCAACACAGCGUACUCCGUGACCGUCACACCUUGCAGCGAGUUGCGAGGAUGCAACCACACCUGCGUACCGCACACACAUGAGACAGCUCCGUGCGCUCCAGAGAUCCUGACUAUGACGCAGACCAACAACUCCACUUUCACAGUCCACUUCACGACCCCCAACUACCCCAACACAAAUUAUACCAUCACAGCUUUCGGACGCUAUGGCACCCACACCUGCCAGUCGAGCAACAACUCCUGCCAGCUCACACAGCUGCCCUGUGGCUCAACCUAUGAGGUGAUAGCAGUGGCCACCACAACUGUGGGGAGAAGUCUUCCUGGAUUCAGUAAAACUUUGGAAACGGGUCCUUGCUGCCCCACGUCUGUGAAUGUGACCCAGGUGACCCAGGCCAUGACCAACGUGACCUGGUCAUCGGGCAGCGGCGCUCGCUCCUACGUCACCACCCUGACGUCCUCGCGCGGCCAUGCCAAGUGCCACACCCUGGACAACCACUGCCUGAUGGGAUGCAUCACCUGUGGCACCAACUACAGCCUGAACCUGGAGGCCAUCAGCAGCACAGGACACACGUCAGAGUGCAAAUAUCGUGGAUUCUCAUCCAGUGCCUGUUGUCCAACAAGCAUCAAGCUCUACCGGAGGGACAAUAACUCGCUCAGGGUGCACUGGCGCUCUAUCGGCGCUCUGACGCAGAACCACACGGUGGAGCUGAACGGGACGGCAGCCGACUACACGUGCACCGCCGCCGCCGGCAGAAAAUACUGUGACAUCCCGGAGGAGACGUGUGGGGACGUGUACACGGUGGUGGUGGUGCCGGUGGGACCGAAUGGGCUCAAAGUCAACUUCUGUCAACCCAGGAGAUAC